CUUUGUUCAGCACAGUACCCAGAUCGGGCUCUUAGGCAUUCAGACAUGUGGACAAGCAGCAUCGGUCUCCUCACUGUACUUGCACUGGCCGCUGGUCACUCGAAAGGUCCUACUGGUCGGACAGGUCCAACAGGACCUAGAGGAGCAACCGGCACCAUUGGCGUUAAGGGCAUUACAGGGACGCAGGGGGUGACCGGUCCGACGGGGGACAUGGGCCCAACAGGUGAACAAGGGCCCAAGGGCUUCACUGGGUUUACAGGGUCAACGGGUCCAAAAGGGUCGACAGGCACACAAGGCAUUUCGGGAGCUAGAGGAGUUGAGGGGACCGGAGGGGUAACAGGAGAUACUGGACCACAGGGGAACACUGGAGCACAUGGCCCUGUCGGAUACAUGGGUUACACGGGCGACACCGGCUCUACGGGAUACACAGGAUAUACGGGAGACACCGGGAACACUGGCGGUGCUGGCGCGAUGGGCCAGGAAGGAACAAGCGGGCUUUUGGGGGUACAGGGCAAGGAUGGCUUUACAGGCUAUACUGGAAACACUGGAAGUACUGGUAUUACUGGCUCCACAGGCAAUACUGGAGGCACCGGGACAACAGGGGUACAAGGGUACACCGGAUACACCGGAAACACUGGAGACACUGGCAUUACUGGAGCCACGGGCAUGGCUGGAGGCAAUGGAGCCCCGGGGGUCACGGGUAGUGUUGGGAAUACAGGUGAUAUUGGAGGUAAUGGUGAAGUCGGAAACAUGGGGGAUACUGGCGCUGUUGGGGAUACUGGGGGGACCGGAGUUGCAGGUUUCACUGGCCCACAAGGGGUCUCUAAUACCGUGAUGGGCAGUACAGGCGAGACGGGAGUAACUGGUACUGAAGGAGCGGAACUGAAUCCCUUCUGUAUGUCCCUCAUCGGCGGAAUCGGCGUAGACAACUGGCUAAGGAACUUCUGUUUGACUGUCCUGGCUGGAUAGCGCUGGGUUCUCCACUCCAUCAUGAGCCUGUUUGUCUGUGUGUUUUGAAUAAAUCAAA